CGUUGAGUUGUGACCCGUCUCCUGUCCGUUUCCAAUGAUGGACGGUCUGCGUCGCAUCGCAGGUCCCAAGUUGAGAUUUUCGAUGAUUGACCGUUGUGUUAUCCUAUACUUCUCACCGGUGCCAAACUGGAUGUGGACCGGCGCGCCGUCGCCGUACCCCUCAGUUUCAGUCCGACCAUCAUCCACUAGUGCCGAGUCCACUUCCAUCGCCCUUUCAUAGUCGAACGUCUGUUUGUUGACGCCUUCUUGGGACAACCGUCGUUCCCAAGACGUUCAAAUGGAUCCGUUCGAAGUGCGCAUGCAAUUCCUUGGCUUGUUGCGCAAGCUCAGCGCCACGCAACAAUCCAUCCAAAAGGUCGUCAGUUAUGCACUCAAGUAUUUCGCAAAAUGCGGGGAGGAUUUAUGGGAAUGCAUCAUGGAGGAAUGUCAGAAGGGCUCGAUAAACCAUCGUGUCAAUAUUCUAUAUUUCUUAGACUCCCUAUGUGAAACGUCCCUACUAGCCAAAUCCCAUCAACCCCAGCCCGUUGAAUCGUCUUCGCAGGCGAAACAGGCGAACCAUGCGUUUUACGUCGAUUAUGUCGCUCGAGACCUUGCACAGAUCGUAGAGUGUGUGGUACCAGUAGGCAGACAAGGUCUACCGAACCUUACUAGCACUAAACAAAUCCUUCAAAAUUGGCGCACGAAGCGGGUGAUAGAUCCUCAAAAGGUAGACCAAGUCAUGCAAAUCCUCACCACACGCCAAAGCCAAGCUACCGUGGCUUCCGGCACUGGCUCGACCGCAACAAACAAAAAUGCGGAAGCUCAUCUUUCACGAGGAGACAUAGUCAAGCGUAUGGAAGAAGAUCGUGAACGACACAAACGGCUACGUGAGAAGCGCUGGGUGCAAACACAAGCGCAAUCUUCAACUGUACCCGGACAUGCGAUUGCGUAUAACCCCUACGGGCUCGCAUCCUUUCUACCUCUGAGCGAUGCGGAGAAUGCAGAAGUUGCGCUGGACAUCGAGUUCGAAAAUGAGUGGGAGACGACGAGCGACUGGAAUGAGGAUGACGUGGAGGUCGUUAUGGAAGAGAGGGAGUUGUGUUAUCCGCAUUUGCGUAGGAAGGGCUCUGGCGGGAUGGGCUCGGUCGAUGAAGGUGGCGGGGAAGAGCCUAUGGAUUUAUCAUAGGAUGUGCUCAUUCGAGUCUUCAAACGAAAAUCUGGCUCUGUCAGUCAUACUUU